AUGGGCAGAAAGGAUACAACUGCACAGCAGAGUCAGCCGCUGGAUCAGUAUCGCAAACAAAUAGGCAAACAGGACUGGAAGAAGUCCAAGAAAGAUGUGAAGAGUAUGAAACAGAAGGCAGCAGAGACAAAUGAAUUCACACCACAGAAUAUUCUGUUAAUCAUUGGGCUGAUCGUCACAGUGCUGUCUGGGCUCUACAUGCUGCUGGUCUGGCACCUGGGAGUGACACCUGCAGGGGAUGUGAAAGAUAAGGCCCAUGUGUAG